AUGAUAAAGAUACAAUUAGAAAGCUCCAAUCAAUCAGUAUUAAAAUUAGAAGAAAGAAGACUAAAUUUAACCGCUGAAAUUGAGCGUAUUUAUGGUCAAAUGGAUCUAAAAAGAAAGGAAUUGGAAAAUGCAAACCUUCGUCUACAUGUUUUUAAUUAA